CCCGCUCUUUCCUUUCCUCUCCAUCACAUCUCCAAACCCGCUUGCCAACGCCGCCAUGGCGCCGCCAUCGUCGUCGUCCCCGUCGAGUAGCGGUGGCAGCUCCCGACGUCGCAGUGCCGGCUCGUCCUCCUCCUCGUCGUCCUCCUCGACGCCACGCUUCCUCACCCCGAAGGAUGAGGAUCGCCUAGGCAAGCUGGUCACUUCCAAAGCCGCCUUUGCCUCCAAGAUCCAACAAGGGCGGGGAGCGAUGGUCUGUCUCUUCCUCGAGCUCAAGGACGUCAAUGGCGGCGAGAAGCCCUAUGAGUCUAUGGACAUCGAAGCACACCCACUCCUUCCUAGCAGGCAGCGAGCCUCGAUUGACAAUGAGCGUGUCAAGCUCACCUUCGACGGCACAAUCGUCAGCGACUUUCGCGACUUUCUCUAUGAGCACAGCACAACGCUGGAUGCUGCUACUCCUAUUCGAUGCUUGGUCAGCGGGUAUGGAGCGCGUGUGACUGCAAAGAAUAAGACGAUCAUGUACGACCGGGAUGAGCUGGUCGUGAAGCUGUGGACCCCGGCGGUGGAGGUUAAGCCCGUGAAGGGUAGGAAGGCCGCGCUGGCUUCAGAGAGCCAGCCGCAAAGCCAAUCACAGGCAUCGCAGGGCGAGGGCGAGCACUUGUGGUUCGAUCGAUACCGAAGGGAGGAACUGCAGGAUACCCAGGCAGAUCCAGUCGAUCCUCCUCUCAGCGAGCCAGUCCAGAGCACUCAGGCUAUCAAUCCUCUGGUCGAGGAUCAGCAUAGCCACGCGACGGACUCUGCGGCAAUCGCUCCCGCCACCGCACCUCAGACGCAUACGCAGACGCAGACUCAAGAGUCGCAAGCAAGCUCGCCGCCACGCUGGAACUCCUCGCCGCCACGCUGGAAUUCCUCCCCUUCACACGGCGCAGACGAGAAUGCGCUUGGCCCCUUGCUAUCCCUUGCGUCUUCAUCUAGUCACGAGGGGCCUAGCCAGGAUCAGCCUGCCAAAGACGACGUACCUGCACCUGCUUCCUCCGAUCAGCCCGCUGGCCCAUCCAGCGAUGAAGCCAGCGCGCCUACGCCUGUGUCGCAGCCUGCUCCCCCCGCUCCCCCCGCUCAGCCCACUACGUCAACUCAGCCCGAUGUUGCCAACCUUGCCACGCAGACUGCCGCAGCCAGCAUCGCUGCGCAUUCGCCGAGUAAGACAGCCGAAGACGACGUCAUCCUUGUCCCCUCGGCUACCCCAUCUUCCCCGCCAAAGUCUAACGGCGAGGACUGGUUCAACACUCCGCAGAAGAAAGAGCGCGCAUUUGCUCCCCGAAGCGCCAGCGCACACGACGACGACUCCAAUGCACCGGACGAAGCUGCCCUCUUGGCGGAAGCCGAGGCCUCGCAGUCGCAGGCUGGGCCCUCCGCCCAAGCGUUCCAGCCUCGCGCUCCAACCUUGGGAAGUUGGCCUGUUGCUAGUCGUCCUGCGUCGCGCCGUAUCACGCCCUCCUCUCUCACCUCGAUCACCCUCCUAGACGACUGCCGCCUCGACUCGAAGCGUACCUACAAGUUCCUCGGCGUGAUUCACACCUGUCAAUCCCCACGCCGCACGAACGGCUAUAACAAGAAUCUCUCGAUGCACGUUGUCCUCGUCGACAAGUCCGGCUACCUCAAGACGAUGUUCUUUUCCAGUGGUCCCGAGGAGAUUGACGAGUUUGCGCAAGGCGUGACCGUCCUCAUCGAGCCUGUCAGUCUACAGGAGUGGCCAGGAGCCAAGAACCCACGCCAGGGCAAAGCAGAACAGGGCGUCUGGCGUGCCGCGUUCAUGCCUGCUCCGCAGCCGGAAGAGCCACUCGACUCGGGCGCUGUUCGCGGAACGCUUCGCCCGCGUGACGAGGAGUACGAGCGCAUGUUGGCGUUGCGCAAUUGGUACCAUUUCGAACGCGGCAACGUCGAGUCGCUCCGCAAGUACCCUACCGCCUGGCUACGCCCGCUCAAAACCAUCUCGGAGCUUCGUGGUCGAGCGGAGAAUGGCGGCCCCGAGUUCUACGACCUCCUCGCGCAAGUCGUCGAGGUCUACGAGCCAGGCGGACCCAAUCAGCCCGCGACCGUGUACGUGACCGACUAUACCUACUCAGAGAAAGUGCGCUCCAUCUACGAUAUGCAUCUGGGUUACGAGGAGAGCGAGUACAUGCCUCGCGCUGUCAAGAGCAAGACGAAGGUUGGUGGCGGCUGGGUUAUGGGCGUUGCCCUCUUCUCCAAGCAGCAGCACGCCCUUUUCGGCAUCAGCAAGGGGCAAUUCAUCCUUUUCUCUGGCUUGCGAUCACGCUGGCACGACGAGUAUGGCUUGAGCGCAGCAGUGGGGAGCGACACGGAUUCAUCGCUCAAGUUGAGGGAGGGGGCGGAUCAGCCUGGAAUGGACGUGCUGCUUGCAAGGAAGAAGGAGUGGGAAGAGAAGAGAGAGAGGGAGAUCAAGGAUAGGGAGGAGCGCGAGGGUGAGAUGGAGGAGGUUUGGGAGGAGGUGCACGGGAGCGGGGCCAUGAAUCAGAUGCCCUCGGUCUCGAUCGGUAAGAAGGAGAAGGACGAAGUUGGAGUUGGGGGCGAUGGGGCGGAGAUGCACGCGGCGAUGGACGCUCAAACGCAGAAUGGUACGCAGCAGGAGGAGGAGGCCAGCCACGACAAUAGUCUCGGAGGCGAAUACCAGAUGGUCGAGAAGCCCGUGGGUGAAGCAGAGAACGGGGUUGCGGAGCACUCCGUCCAGAGCGAGGCCCCUCGAGAGCAAGUCGCUCUGGAGCAACAGCGGGCGGACGAAGCCGUCCAAGGGCAAGAACAGCAGCACGGCGAAGCCGAUACUACGAUGGCAACGGGCGAGACAGACCCCGCCGCAGUCCAAGACAUCCCGAGGAUCACCGGCGGAGGGCUACCAGCAAGUAAAGAGCCGAACAGCAACGGCGGUGACGACCUUGAUGGCGAGGACUCAGCCAUGUCAAAUGCAGAGAAGGGCGAAGGCGACCAGUCUCCUCCGCAGCCUGGGCCUGAGACUGAAGAUCGAGCACAUCAACAGCAAGAGGGUUCCCACCAGCAAGCCGUCGACGAGCAGCAGGCAUCUCAACAGCCCGUGGAGGAGCAACCAGCCAAUCCUCCGGCGGCACCGAUCGACGACGCUACCGACCAAUACAUGGCCCCAAUCGAGGACGUGCCCGUCGAGCAAAGCAUCGCCUCCGUAGAAGAGGCUGCUCUUCCCACGAAUGGCCACACGAAUGGCGUCAACGCCGCAAGCGCAACGGUAGUCAUCGACCGUACGGCCUUCGCGUCCGUUUCGACCGCCUCGUCGUCCGUGGACGCCGAUCAAAUUCCCAGUAUGACCGUAGCUCAAAUCGGAGAGCUCUUCCCAGCGGCUCAACCGGAGUUCCAUGACUUCAAGGUCUACGCGAUGAUCAAGGGGGCGAAGCUGCUUGAUGUCAAGCCAAGGGAGGCUAAGGAGUGGAUUAGAGGCGGAAAGAAGGGCAAGCAGAUCAUGAUGGCUCUGCUGCUGGCUGAGCAGGGUGAAGGCGAGGAGCUAGGCAUGAGCAUCAACCCACAUCGCUGCUUGCCUGUGUUACUCUCAGGCGAUGCAGCUUGCCAGUUCUUUGGCGUCGACGCUAGACGUCUCAGCGAGGACAUCGACUACGAAAGCGUAGCCCUCGCGAUCGUCAAGAAGAAGCUAGAGGGCUUAGCAACCGUACAGCCCGCUAGUACGGUGAUCAACGGCAGCAACGGCGCACCGCACGCUAAUCUCGUCAACGGCGAUCGUCACACCGGCAAUACUGAAAGCGACGACGACGACGAGCAAGCAGCCUGGCGACGUAUGCAUCAGCUUCCACUGCAUGACUGGGGCCUCUCGAUCUGGAAGGGAAAGAAGAGCGGAAAGGUUCAGGUGAGCGUGUGGGGAUGCGAGGUUAAGGUAGCCGGCAGCGGGCGAGAAGGCGAGGGGGAGGGAGAGCCAGAGGAAGCUCGAGAAGUGUGAGGGGGGGCGAGGAGGAAGACUACAGUAGACUCCGCGUCUUCCGUAGCUGGUUGGCGGGCCUUGGCGUGGUUUUUUUGUUUGUCACAUUUACGCAUCCGAGCUCCAUAAUGAGCUCACUCAUCGACGACGUCGCGUACCAUCAUUUCAAUACCAUCUCAAUCAUCC